AUGGCUGAUGCUGCUGCUGCCCCCGCUGUUGUCAAGACUCCCAAGAAGAAGGCUGCUGCCAAGCCUAAGAAGGCUGCCGCACAUCCUACCUAUUUGGAGAUGAUCAAGAAAGCUAUUUCAACCCUGAAGGAGAGGAGUGGUUCUUCCCGACAGGCUGUUCUGAAAUACAUCUUGGCCAACUACAAGGUUGGUGACAACCAGGUGGCCAUCAAUGCUCGCAUCAAGACUGCUUUGAAAAAUGGAGUCAAGAACGGCGCACUGAAGCAAUCAAAGGGAACUGGAGCCGCUGGAUCAUUCCGUCUUGGCGAGGCAAAGAAAGACGAAAAACCCAAGAAGGCUAAGGCAGCUGCCAAACCAAAGAAGGCUGCCAAAUCCCCCAAGAAAGUCAAGAAGCCAGCUGCUGCCAAGAAACCCAAAACAGCCGCUAAGAAGGCCGCUAAGUCACCAAAGAAGGUGAAGGCUGCAGCCAAGCCCAAGAAGGCGAAGACACCCAAGAAGGCAGCAGCCAAACCCAAGAAGGUCAAGACCCCCAUGGCUGAUGCUGCUGCUGCCCCCGCUGUUGUCAAGACUCCCAAGAAGAAGGCUGCUGCCAAGCCUAAGAAGGCUGCUGCACAUCCUACCUAUUUGGAGAUGAUCAAGAAAGCUAUUUCAACCCUGAAGGAGAGGGGUGGUUCUUCCCGACAGGCUGUUCUGAAAUACAUCUUGGCCAACUACAAGGUUGGUGACAACCAGGUGGCCAUCAAUGCUCGCAUCAAGACUGCUUUGAAAAAUGGAGUCAAGAACGGCGCACUGAAGCAAUCAAAGGGAACUGGAGCCGCUGGAUCAUUCCGUCUUGGCGAGGCAAAGAAAGACGAAAAACCCAAGAAGGCUAAGGCAGCUGCCAAACCAAAGAAGGCUGCCAAAUCCCCCAAGAAAGUCAAGAAGCCAGCUGCUGCCAAGAAACCCAAAACAGCCGCUAAGAAGGCCGCUAAGUCACCAAAGAAGGUGAAGGCUGCAGCCAAGCCCAAGAAGGCGAAGACACCCAAGAAGGCAGCAGCCAAACCCAAGAAGCCAGCUGCUGCUAAGGCAGCUGCCAAACCAAAGAAGGCUGCCAAAUCCCCCAAGAAAGUCAAGAAGCCAGCUGCUGCCAAGAAACCCAAAACAGCCGCUAAGAAGGCCGCUAAGUCACCAAAGAAGGUGAAGGCUGCACACGUGUGGCUUUGA